AUUAGAUCAAGAAUUUGUAAAAAUUCAACACAAAAAUCGUUUAGCACCCGGCGAUUUUCCAAAUUUGGAGCGAUUUAAAACUGGUCUUAGUGUUUACAAAUUUGAAAAGUUCAAUAACUUAAAAACCCAACUUAUUGAAAAGGCUGAUGAUGUAUGUAUUGUUAGAUCUUCGUACGAAUCUUAA